AUGAACGUAACUGAAAAUGCUCUAUUGUUUAAGUGCGGUAGCAAGGGCUAUAUUAAUCAAACCUAUACGCCGACAGAAAUUUAUAAUUGUGGGGUAGCUGAAGGAAAGAAAACUGCUAAAGAAAAGAACCCAACUUAUUCAAUUUUUUAUGAUACAUUUCUCACUGGGCAGCCUGCUGAAAGUCCUGAAACGUUUACGUGUGGUUCGCAUGGCUUCACAAAUGCGAGUUAUGUGGCAAGCGACUUUUAUGCAUGUGGUUUUCUGCAAGGGAAAGGUACAGAAACCAAUGCGGGAAUACAUAAUACAAGGCCUUCUCAUUCUCUCGCCAAAUUUACCAUACUGUUCAUGCUAGUGUUGUAUACAAUUGUCUAA